CUAGCUCAGAAUUUAACCCUUCCACACCCAGAGUGAACUUGGCUGAGACCCAACUGAUGGAAACAAAGUAAUUUCCUGGGAGGCAGAGUUUUAAGUGGAUACACUGUAUCUUUCUUGCAGAGUGAGCUGAAGGCUGGAUCUCAGAAGCUAUGAAGGUCUCUGAUGGUCUCCUCAUGGUCACUGCUCUCCUGGCUUCCUUCGUGGAGGUCUCUGCCCUGUCUCUGGAGAGACGCCCUGCCCUGGCAUCCCACAGCCGUGCCCACCAGGGGCCCAAGGAGCCCGGCUUUACCAGGAUGAAGAGGAAGAACCUGGCAGUGGAUUUUGUGAUUCCUGCAGCUUUCCGCAACUCUCUCAGGGACUUGUUGGGUCUUUUCCCAGCGGGGACUGCCACCACCAACUUCCAAGCCAUCUCCAGCCUGUCCUUAGACUGCUGGCCUCUGGUCAGGUCCUUCUCUCAGCAUGGAAUCCUCCAUCACCACCAGGACCUGAAGAAGGAGCAGGUGUUCCCUGGUCGCCAGCAGGCUCUGCUGUCCAAGGUGCUGAAAUCCGGAUUUCUGAAGAGUCUCCGCAGGUCCAAGCAGCUACUGCUAGAGGUUGGAGAAGACAUGGUCAGAGACGGCUGUGGAGUGGACUGGGAACCCAGAGCCACAGGAGAGGGGAGGAAUGGCAGCACUGGCGUUCCAGCAGGUGAACCCCAAAAUUCUGCCAUGAAGAGGAAGCUGGAAUUUAACCUGACUGAGCUGUUCAGCUGGUGGAUAAAAUCUAAAGAGGGCAGAUUAAGGAUUAGACUAAUGCCCGAAAGAUCUGCUUUAUACCCUGGGAGGGAGGAAAGUUUAUCUGCAGCUCUGAGGGCAUCUCAUCCAAAACUGACCUUCCAGAUUCUAAGAAAGGGUUUUAAUUUUGCCAAGUUCUCCUCCAGUAAUCCUCCUAAUAUCUACACGUGGAACAUCUCGUGGGUCAUGAAAGAGGCUUUCUCAUUCAGUGGUCCCAGAGCAAGACACGAUUUUGACUGUGACUUUGAGCUCCCAUGCAAUCUGGAUUACUUGCCUUCUACACACAAGCCUGAAAAUACUUGGAGAAUUACUACGGCAGAGGAACUACUGCGAGCCAACGUUCUGAAUGGGCCCAAAGAAGACUAUUCUCAGAAUUCCUCAACAGGUCACUUUUUAUUUCUCAAUACGUCUGGAGCUCACAGUCCCAUAUUUAUUAGUCCGUGGUUAAGAAGUAACAGUAGACACUGUGUGGUGGAAGUUGCAGUGUACGUGCAAAAAAACGGAAAAUAUAUUGCUCGACUGCUGCCGGCCAACAAAACCAGUUAUGAAGUCCUGACGUUACCAAGACAGAAGCAAAGUGGGUGGGUGACGCUUCGAGGGGCGAUUGGGCACAUGGAGAAACCUUUCCAGAUAGCCCUGGAAUAUGUAGCAGAAGAAAAAGGAACAAUUGCUGCUGUGGACUCGUUUGCGAUUAGAAACUGUACUCAAGGAAAUCCGUCAGGGCUGAAAAUGACCCUCGAUGGCUCCUUUAACUGCAGAAGUGGAAUGUCGAUUAAACUUUGGCAAGUGUGUAACUUUAUUCCUGAUUGUGAAGAUGAAGAAGACGAAGGAGACUUGUGCAAGAAUUUACCAGCUGGCUUCUACUGCAUGUUUGAAGAUGGUAAUUGUGGAUGGGCCGUGGCUCCAAUCACUUCAGGAUGGAGGAUUGAGGCUAUGGAAGAUUCCGAUGACCCUGCUCUGUUGCUGAAUACGAGUGACUCCCCAGUAUCUGAGGCUGUGAUAAAGACCAAUGUCAUGUUUCCUUCACCCCUGAAGAACUCGUCUUGUGAGCUACGGAUGUCUUUUCUCCUGGAGGGCUUCCUGCUUGGGAACAUUUCUGUUUUACUCUUUGAUAAUAAAACUGGGAAGGCAAAAAGCAGGUCUUUAUGGUACUUUGCGAACGCGGAAGGACUGGGAAUUUGGCAGCCAAUGGUUCUGUCUCUUCGGGAUAUCUUGGAGAGCAGGUUUUGGCUGGAGAUACGCGCGUCCUGGUCCAAGGAAUCCGAUGCCAUUAUUGCUUUUGACAAUAUUUCUCUGAGUUUGGGCUGUUAUUUGACAAGUAAUGGAGAAACGCCCCUCCAGACCACGUCUUACUUGUCCAGCAAUCUGCUGAUGGAGAGCAGCAGCCAGAAGAAGAAUGAGACCAUAGUGGAUUCACAGGAGGAGGACCUCAGCCUUAUCUUCCAGCCUUAUCCGCCAGGUCAUUGGCUAUUCAGCACAUGUGGGGCCAGUGGACCAUAUGGGCCGAACCAGAAAAUGUGUGAUGACGAGUACGGUAAAUUUAACAUCAGCGUCGUUGUUGGAACAGGAACGUUCAGAGGAGUGCAGAUGUGGAGAGUACCGGAAACAAACACAUACAGGGUUGCAGGUUAUGGCGCAGGUGGCGGGAAAGGUGGAAAAACGCCAACGCGAGCCCACGGAACCUCCCUGGUGGGGAUAUUCAAACUUCAAAAAGACGAAGUUCUGUAUAUGUUGGUUGGACAACAAGGGGAAGACGCCUGUCCUCGUACCAGCCCUCUCUUGGAAAGUGUUUGCAUCGGAGAAAAUAUCAAGAUUGAAGAAGAAAUGCGCGUCAACGGGAGUGUUAAUGAAUGGGCGGGCGGAGGUGGAGGAGGAGGAGGGGCUACCUAUGUGUUUAAGAUGGAGAAUGGAAAACCAAUCCCAUUACUAAUAGCCGCAGGGGGCGGUGGCCGAGCUUACUGGGCCAAAGCAAAUAUUGUUCACCCUGAGAAACUGGAGAGUAAUUUUUCUACGCCGGGGGUGAAUGGGAAAUCCGGAGCUGCAGGUGGUGGUGGUGGCUGGAAUGACUAUACUCUCUAUCCGUGGGCAGGAAAGUCGCUCCUGGAAGGCGGCACAGGAGGAGAAUCCUGCCCUCAGGCCAUAAAGAAAUGGGGGUGGGAGACAAGGGGUGGUUUCGGAGGAGGUGGUGGUGGCUGUUCAUCUGGUGGUGGAGGUGGAGGAUACAUAGGAGGUAGCGCUGCUGAUGAAAACAGCCCCGAAAUGGAUGGAAUGGAUGGAGUGUCCUAUAUUAGUCCACUCGGGGUGUUAUAUACUCCUCCUCUCACAGUGAUAGAGAGCCACGGGGAGGUGGAGAUUAAACUGGAACUAAACUGCAGCCGUUGUGAAACCGAUGAAUGCUUCUUGAAUGAUGAAACUCAGAAAAUGACUUGUCUCUGUGAGCAAGGGAUGAUCUUGGCCGAGGAUGGAGUGUCCUGCAUUGAUGAUCCCUUACAGCCGGCUCAUGAUACGCAUCUCCCAUUAUCUCUGGUCUUGUCUAUUGUGACUUCAGCGCUGGUGGCCGGUCUAAUCCUGGCUUUUUCAGGUAUCAUGAUAGUGUAUCGGAGAAAGCACCAGGAGCUCCAGGCCAUGCAGAUUGAGCUCCAGAGUCCAGAUUACAAACUCAGUAAAGUGCGCACGUCGACCAUCAUGACGGAUUACAACCCAAACUACUGUUUUGCUGGGAAAAUCACCUCCAUUGGUGACCUCAAAGAGGUCCCCCGAAAAAACAUUUCUCUUAUAAGAGGUUUGGGCCAUGGAGCUUUCGGAGAGGUCUAUGAAGGUCAAGUGAUGUCCAGUCCGAGUGACCCAACACCGUUAAAGGUUGCUGUGAAGACUCUGCCCGAGGUGUGUUCCGAACAAGAUGAGCUUGACUUCCUCAUGGAGGCUCUGAUUAUAAGCAAGUUCAGUCAUCAAAAUAUCGUGCGCUGCAUCGGGGUGAGCUUGCAGGCUCUGCCACGCUUCAUCCUGCUAGAACUGAUGGCUGGAGGAGACCUGAAAUCCUUCCUUAGACAGACACGGCCGAGGCUGACCCAGCCUUCCUCCCUGACCAUGCUUGAUCUGCUCAACGUAGCAAGAGACAUCGCCCAUGGCUGCCAAUAUCUGGAGGAAAACCAUUUCAUCCACAGGGAUAUUGCUGCCAGGAACUGUCUGCUGACAUGCCAGGGGCCUGGAAGGGUCGCUAAGAUUGGAGACUUUGGAAUGGCUCGUGACAUCUACAGGGCUAGUUAUUAUAGGAAGGGGGGCUGUGCAAUGCUGCCUGUAAAGUGGAUGCCCCCAGAGGCCUUUAUGGAAGGAAUCUUUACAUCAAAGACUGACACGUGGUCUUUCGGAGUAUUGCUAUGGGAGAUAUUCUCUUUGGGGUACAUGCCUUAUCCCAGUAAAAGUAACCAAGAGGUUCUGGAGUUUGUAACAAGUGGAGGAAGAAUGGAUCCACCAAAAAACUGCCCAGGACCUGUAUAUCGAAUAAUGACUCAGUGUUGGCAGCAUCAGCCAGAAGACAGACCACAUUUUGCCAUAAUACUGGAGAGAAUUGACUACUGCACCCAGGAUCCAGAUGUGAUCAAUACAUCCUUACCGGUAGAAUAUGGACCUGUGAUUGAGGAAGAAGAGAAGGUUCCAACUCGUCCAGAAGACCCUGAUGUAAUUCCACCAUUGCUUGUUACGCCUGAAAAGAAAGUUAAAGAAAUCAUACACAAGUUGCAAUCUCCCCCUCCAGUGCCACCCAGCAGCCGUGGAAAAGUUCCUAAUAAAGUACAUGCUGAACCACAGGAACAUGUAGAUUCCACAUUGGCUUUGGGUGGAGGACAUGACAAUACUGUGUUUGCUCAAGCCAACCACCCAUCCGAGCUACACAGUAACAGAGGUUCCAAAAAUAAGCCAACUAAUCUCUGGAAUCCAACGUACGGUUCUUGGUUUACGGGAAAAACUUUGCCAAAAAAUUCUCCAUCUCCAGAUCAACCAAUACCUGCAGAAAGAGAAUCCUCUGGAAACCCUGGGGUAAUUAAUGAGGGGACCUGUACAGCUGCCCCACGGAUUACUUCUGGUAGACUCCCAGGCUCUUCCGUGCUCUUAGAGCCAUCCACACUGACUUCCACUGUUCAGGAAGUGCCCCUGUUCAGGCUUCGCCAUUUCCCAUGUGGCAACGUUAAUUAUGGAUAUCAGCAGCAGGGCUUGCCCGUAGAUGUACCAGUGCCACCAUGCCCUGUCAAACACAAAGACUUGGCACCUAGGAGCAAGAAUGAGGCACAAGAAAACUUCUAAUUUCUGCAGGCAUGGUUUCCUUUAUUGAGAAUAAGCCAACAGGUAUAUUUGCAGUAUGUGUAAGGACUUACUUAUGAAUGAAAUCCCUUCAUAAACUACAGGCAUCUAAACCUUAAUAACGUCCACUUCAAAGGUUGAUGGACAGACCUUAUGUAUGUAUUUAUGUAUUUUAUGACUAUGUUCAAUUUCAUCUUUGGGUUUAUAAAAGUGCUCUCUACAGAAAUAACCACUUUGUACAUCCAGAAAAUGUUGGAAUUAGAGCCCAUAGCAAUUUCCUGCUCCACAUUUGGUGUGCAGACCACCACGUCCAGCCAAUUUAAAGGAGAAGUAGACCACCUGUUGACAGAGGCAUCAAUCUAACAGGGACAUUGGUUAUCUUCUGUUGGAGUAUUGUUCUAUAUGU